AGACCUAAAUUCAAAACAUCAACAAAAACAUAUGAACAUCAACAUGUCAGUGCAACAGUUUUGGCAGAAAUCCUUGCAAUAUUAUUUUUAUUAAUACUUUAAUUCCAUUACAAAUCCCAAAAUCCUAUAAUGUUGCAUAAUGAUCAUAGCAUUGCAGAUGCUGAUAGUUUUCCGUGAAUCCAUUUUGGCCCUUUUGAAUGGAUGGCUGCCUCCGUUUUUCACUCAACUGGUUAGGCAGUUGAGUGAAAACAGGCUGAUCCAUGUGAAAGAAGAAAUCGAAGACCAGGUUUAUGCAGACUACGAUGACGAAUGUGGAGUGGUAUUCUUCCCACCGGUGUACGCUCAACGGUAUGCAGCAGUCUGCGAUUGCCUUAUGGAUGAGCAGUGGUUUGGCAGGUUAGACAAGGUCUUAAAUAUAGGGAAGCACUAUGACAUACAUUUCUUGAGAUACCUAACUGAAGUGGCUGGAGUAACACAAAUACUUGGUUUAGAUAUUGCACACUCUCUGAACUGUACCUGUGACAUACGUGAUUUAUCAUUAAAUUAUUUAGACAGAUGGGAAAAACCAUUGCAAAUUACUCUACUUCAAGGAAAUGCGGCCGACCCAGACUAUCGGCUUAUUGGCUGUGAUGCAGUCAUUGCUGUUGAGAUGAUACAAAAACUGUUGCCCCAUGAUCUAGACAGGCUUGUUCAUAAUGUGUUUGGUUUUGUCAAGCCUUGGGUUGUCCUGUUUACUACGCCUAAUGCGGAUUUUAAUUGUCUUUUGAAAAAUUUGGACAAGAAUGGACUCAGGCAGUCAGAUCAUUACUUUGAAUGGACUAGAGAACAAUUGCAUGAUUGGUGCAGCAACAUUGUGUUGAGAUACCCAGAAUACAUGGUCAUGUCAAGAGGCAUUGGUCCUGGGCCUCCAGGCACCUCUCACCAUGGCUGCUUUAGUCAGCUUGUGCUCUUCAUAUCAAAACAUUACUAUAAGAAGAUGGAACUCGAUGUUAACAGCUUGGUGAUGGUUUCAAAUUUCCCAGAGCCGGAACAAGUAACCGAGAUUGACUGGUUGUCACUCAAGAAUGCGAAUAGUUCGCGUAGCAUGUUCCACAGACAACUCGAAGCUGAAUCUUCAGAGUUUAGCUGCAGCCAAUACCAAGAUGAUAUUGAGUCUUCAAGUUUCACAUCCUUGACAAUUCAGGCUAUAGACAACAGUGUUCAAUGCAACCUUGAAGUAGAAUUUGGCAAGAAAUUUGUUAUGUUCGACUACGAUCAAAUGUAUAAAAUAAAGAUGGCUCGUAAGAGAUACGAGGGAGAUGUUUAUGAAAUAGGAGACGUUGCAAGCAGGUUAAAUAACACCAUUCUUUACGUAAGGCACUUCUCGAAAAUAACACAGUAUUUAAUGGAAAAAAUCGAAUUUAACAAAAUGGAUUGGAUGGACGAUAUCCUACAGCUGACGGAUCGAUUGUCAUACAAAAUAAACCAUCGUUCUGGGGAUGAAUGUCAUGUGUGGAACAACGUAAAUUGGGGCGAAAAUGUUCCAUAUUGGAACCAGUAUUAUAAAGUUGCGGGAGUGUAUAAGUUUCCGUAUGAGGGGAGAUCCGAGGAAGAUGUGAUCCUCGAGGUGUUAUCUGAGCAGAUCAACAAAUUUUUUGAAAAGCACGGAGGUACAAAUCUAGAGAUACCUGUGGAGGCCUUGAUGGACUCUGUCAAACAUAUCACGGAUGACGUUGAAAAAAUUAUUAUGCUCAUGGAGGACAGCGGAUACGUGUUGGAAGGUAAAUCCGUGGUGUACACAGGCGUCGAUGUCGCGAUGGCCACCUGCGACGAGGAAUACGACUCCAGCCUUGAUUCGGGAUCUGUAUCCUAUGGGAGCUCUAGCGAUCUCAGUUGUAAUGGACGCUUGCUUAAUCGGACCCUGGGCCACAAAAUCAAGAUGCUCCGUCUGAUGCUACCCCAAGAAGAGGACAUUAAACAGGCUAUAGGCCAAGUCGUAUGUAGGCUGAAGAAGAUGGCGAUGAGCUCUGGCCUAUGCAUGCAGGGCCCGGCUCGAUCCAGAUGGCUUCAAUGGAAACUCCUUGAACUAUUGACGAUGACGGAGAAAUCGAUUUUGAGAAAGAAUCUGCGGAAAAACGAGAUCGUUUCGUCUAAAAGUUUGGGCUAUGACAUGGGGGAUCAAAUAAACAGACAAUUAUUGUCUAGAAUUAAAGCAGAAGAUGAUACGGUGAUAAGAUUUCUUGAAAAGUAUGAGACUAUAUUGGGAACGUCAGCAGGUAACAAUGAUGAAGUGAAUUAUGAACACGGUAGUAAUAAGUUGUCUCCUUCCAAGAUUACCAGCGCUUCGAGAAACAGUUGUGCAUACUUAUCAAAGUUGCAUGAUAAAGAAUAUUGCAAAUUUCCUGCGUCCGAGACUAAUGAGUUAAGUUUGUCAUCUAACGACGAAUUGCGACGUUACACAUUAGAUGUGCAACACAACGACACUCUACAAGACUGGGGAGAAAAAGAUAUGAGUCUGUAUCAAGAAGAAACAAACGAAAUAAAAAUCAGUAAACACGGUGAUAAAAUUUCGCCAAAACAAUCUAAGCAUAUGAAAUCACGCAAAGAUAAUAAAGGGAAGACCAAAACCAAAUCUAAGAAAAGGAAAACAACUGACAGUUCAAACAGCAGUAUUUGUAAAAAAAAAUCGAAACACAGUGCGACUCUAAUAGCAGCGAAACGAAGUCUGGUACAGACAUCUAGUAACAAAGAUCUGGACAGGAAAAAUGAUGGUGCCAGACAAAAACCAGGAAAAGUUAUGAACAAAUUGACAUACAAUCAUACAUUAGGUUGUAUUGAUACGAUGAGGAGGAAAAUGGGUCCUACAUUAGUUCUCUCGGUUCCGCCCAAACCUAUUCCAGGCAGCAUACUUGAAUUAUGUCACCCUAAUUUGCAUCAAAAAACAGUUGAUCCCUUACAAAAAAUCAUUAACUCCUGGGAUGACGCAAUCGAUUCACCAGUGGCUGUGGCGGCCACUGAGCAUAGUCAGAAGGUAGAAAUUUUGAGCCAAAGCGAAACGGUAACGGUGGCUUUGCAAAGAAUGAUUGGUACUGACCCAGAUGUGGAUGUAAUAUACGAGCAUGAACUAGAGCUGUCAGAUUUGAACAGUUUGUUGAAUACUACCACAACCUUUGCCCAUACCGAGAAUAAUCCGUCUGAAGUUGCGGUGCAUGAUUCACCUGGAAUAGGCGCAUUCACUCAAGAAUGUACCAGCGCACAGCAAGAAAUGAACCCUUUUCCUUACAUAUUGAAGACUCCGGUUGUGGAAAUUGUAACGCAAGACGGCCAGGAAUUGAUUGCUUUACAACGUACCAUUGGUACCGACCCAGAACUUGAUACCGAUGACUACGAGCAAGAAUUAGAAAAUUCCAAAUUAACUACUUCUCUUAAUAAUAUGGCAUCGUUCGAGAAGUUUCCCAUCGGGGUAGGGAACGUGACAUCAGAGGAAUUCUUUUUAUAUGAUUUAAACGAACCUACGACAUCGAAAGGGAUUCGUCAUGUAAGCAUGGACGUGCAAUGCGGCACAGAGCGUCAGACGACGACUGCAACGACUUCAUUCACGUGUCCUCUAAACAUGUUUGGGCCUGCAUUAGAAAUUGAAGGUUCAAAUCAUGACUUUCGGGCAGUUCUUAAAAAUGACUGCGUUACCUCGACGCACGACAUUUUAAAACCAUAUGAACCAAAGGCUUCUCCUUGGAUGAAAUCUGUUGGUAUCAAAAUAAAAGACUCAAAUCAUGAAAUUAAUGAUACGUCCAAAGAAACAGAUACUCUUUUUGAGUCUUUCACAAUCGUUGGUGACGAGUCUAUAAAUAUACCCAAAAACAGUGCUCUAAUUGAAACUCUGCACUCUAACCUACUAGUGGAACAUACUCUUGACUAUACCAAGAAAAAGAUACCUAAUAUGCGAACUAGAAAGAUCAAGAGCCCUAACCCACGAACCAGGCCGAAAUGGAAUGAAAUUAAAAAUAAAGAUUCUAAUCACGUAGGGUCUCGGGUUUUGUAUGUGCCAAAGACAGUGCGGUCCAAACUGUGCUGUGGGAGUGUCCACGUCCAUAGUUACAAACAUUUGAAAGAAUCUGAAGACGUAGUUUACCAAGGCAAGUGGCAACGACCCAGCCCAUAUCGCAAACCUAAAAUACCUAACCAAUCUUCUAUGGAUAAACUAAAGUUUACCCGUAAAACGAGCGUUUCGCCAAUAGUUGAAAAGCCAAUUGUUCAAAAAACCGUCGUUACACCUAUAAUAAUCCGAAAUACUAAAGCGAACAAGAUGAAAGAAGCUGUGACAAAGAUGCACAUACAAGCAAAAUUAGCUCCUACAAAGCAGCAAUUACCUAAAAGCAGGACCGUAAUUUUGCAGGCUACACCCAAAUCGAAAAUAAGUUAUUCAAAACCAAUAAAGGCAAAAUCAAAAAAGAUAAUUCAGCCUCCGCGGAAUACUAGAUUUGCAUCACAGCCUACUAUAAAGGAAAAUACCAUUCCAAUCACACAGAAGAAAAAAGUGUAUAUUCCACCCUAUUUGGAAAAAAUUAAAAAAAAGCAGCAAGUACAAAAAAAAUCCAGCAACAUAGAGGCUAAAUCAGAUAGUUUGUCAAAUCUGUUAAAUGUAAAUAACGAACAGAUAACGUCCGAAAAGAUAACGUCCGAACAGAUAACGUCCGAACAGAUAACGUCCGAACAGAUAACGUCCGAACAGAUAACGUCCGAACAUAUAACGUUCGAAAAGAUAACGUCCGAACAGAUAACGUCCGAACAGAUAACGUCCGAACAGAUAGCGUCCGAACAGAUAACGUCCGAACAGAUAACGUCCGGACAGAUAAAGUCGAUAUCAUCGGAAUCGAAAUUUGAAAAUCUGUUAUCGGCUUUCUUAAAAGUCUCAAUUAAACCUCCAAAGGAUGUAAGUUACGUUGUAUAUCGGAAUGAAAUGGAGAACUCUCAUUGCAGAACUGCAGUAGAAAAUAUGCCCGUUACGGCCACACCUAAUAGCACGGAAGAUAUUUUAAGGCGCAAACUCAGUAAUCUAAGCAACAACGACUCAGCCUACUCAUCUACCAACAGCGCCCCCAUCGCGUUAAACCCAGUAAUUACUAAUCUCCAUCCUUUUCAAUCAAGUAGGAAAACUACGGCGAUAAAGUCAACAAUAAAAUCUAGCAUAAAACGCGAAGAAAUAGAUAGCAAAUUGGUUUCCAGAAUUAGGAAAAUACCCAAUUUAAUGUUUUCGAAAAAAUCACACUCUGAUGUUGCAGAGCACAUGCCGAAAAUAUCUACCAUAUCACAAAACUGUUCAAAAAUGUCUCUAAAUGUUGAUUUAUUGUUAGACGAGGCAGGUAAUAAUGCUGCAUCUAGUGAAAAGUCAAAGUGCAGUGUCACAAAAACAUUUAUUGAAAGUCCUGAUAGCAAAAUUAAUUCAUGUCAGAAUGACAAACAAGUCUCGAAAACUACUUUAGUACUUGAUUGUAGUGAAUCAAAUACACGAGACUUGAAAACUGAAUCCGGUUUGGCAUGUAGUGUAGCAAAAAGUGAUACUCAAGAAUCUUCGAAUAAGAGCUCUCCCAGAAGUUUAGACAAUGAUGUUUUGUCGAAAGCGAUGGACAAUACUAGUGAAACCAUAACCGAUAGGUCUAAUGAUAUUUUAGGUGAAAUGAGGAAAUUGAUAGAGGAAUGUUUGAACUUUAAAGAUAAAUCGGAAGUGACCUCGGGAGCUUCUGAGGAUUUAGAUGUAAAAUCUUAUGAUUUUGACAAUGUUACUCCUAUUGGAUCUGAGACGUAUGAGACUAGCAGUAGUUUUCAUCGAACUCGUGACGUUGAGUCGUUAUUAAGCAUAACUCAGAGUUUUACAAAUUUCUCGUCUAAGUCGCAGUCGUCAGCUUACCAAAUUUCUGAGAGCGUUCCCGACGCAAGUUGGUACAAUGUCGCUCAUUCCAGGCCAGGAAGCCAAGUUCGAUCUGAAAACAACGAUACUAUUAGAAUAACUCAGAAACCAAAGGCGGGUCUCGCGUUCAGCUCUUUCUCAGUGGACGCUCCACCGAAUCUUUUAGGGUUCAGGCAACAGCCAGACUACGUUAACCUCGUCGAUUCCGAGACUGGAAGUUGUACGCAUGCGGCAAGAAGAGCUACCUCGGAAGAAGUGUUGGUGUCCGGCCGUUCGUCCGAGAGUUUUGUGUCUUGCGCGGUGGAGGAAGACCCUGCAAUUCCGAGCUGGUUGUAUAACAUCAGUCAGCAGGCGUCGGGCAGCUUCUCGCCGAGCCGGCCCGCCGUCCUACCCGAAGUCGUCCCCGAACUGGUGUUUGACCUGAACGGCAACGAGCUGACGGUUCACGGCGCGGGCGCGGGUGACGGCUGCGGGAUCCACAGCGACCAAUCGCAGGACAGCUCGGGUCAGGGGACUUCGUUCAGCUCUACUGCAAGCUCGACAGUACAUAGCGAUGUAAGAGACAAAUCCGUUUAUUGA